AUGGCUCCUAUUUCUAUUGCCGAUAUUGUCUCCGCCCUCCCCUCGGAGGACGAAUGGGGUCCUCCAACACCGUCUGAGACAACCCUCGACGGUGUCCCCUAUGCUCCUUUCUCCAAGGGCGAUAAGCUCGGUCGCAUGGCAGACUGGACCGCUGAAGGCAAAGACCGUGAGCGUGGUGGACGUCAAAACUACAACCGUAACUUCCGUGAUCAACAAGUUUAUGGUGCUGGAGCAUCAAGCCUGUUCGCCGUUCAAGUUGCUGAAGACGAAUCUUCAUUCUCCGUCGUUGAUAACACUCGUACAUCCACCAAAACCAGGGGUUUCGGACGAGGCGGUGGUACCAUCUUCCGUGGCCGUGGCCAACGUGGCACACUCCAGCGCGGUGGACGUGCAGGUUUCCAGCGAGUUGGUGCUGGCCGUGGUCAAGACCGUGGCUAUGAUCAGCGCAGUGGCCGGGGUGGUCGUGGACGUCGUUUCGGAUGGAAAGACUAUGACAAGCCCCAGCGUAAUCGUGACAGCUCCGUCAACAUUCGUCCCGAUUGGGCUCUCCUUGAAGAAGUUGAUUUCAACCGCUUGUCCAAACUUCACCUCGAGUCACCCGAUGGAGAAGACCUUGACAACUAUGGCUUCCUUUACGCCUACGAUCGAUCAUACGAUAAGCCGCCUGUCAAGGGCAGUGAACGCAAACUACAAUCUCUCGACCGUGCCGCUUACAACGUGACCACAUCGUCAGACCCCAUCAUCCAAGAGCUCGCUGAGAAGAACGAGGCUACCGUCUUUGCAACGUCCGAUAUUCUAUCUAUGCUCAUGUGCGCUCCUCGCAGUGUCUACUCAUGGGAUAUUGUGAUUGUCAAGCAGGGAAACAGGAUCUACUUCGAUAAGCGUGACGGAGCUUCCAUCGACUUGGUUACCGUAAAUGAGAACGCCGCAGACGCACCUCUCGAAGCUUCAGAGGCCGGCGGCAAGCAAGAUUCAAUCAACACCCCUGGUGCUCUUGCUUUGGAAGCUACUGUGAUCAAUCACAACUUUGCUCUACAGACCGUGAUCGAAUCCGACAAGGACAAGGUCGAGUUCCCUCACCCUAAUCCAUUCUACAACGCAAGUGAAGAAACGGAGCCUCUUGCAUCAAAGGCCUACAAAUACAGACGCUUCGACCUGUCCCUCGAAAAGGACGAAGAGCCUCUUAACUUGAUCGUCCGCACAGAAGUCGAUGCCGUAUUGAAGGCCACCACCGGAGCCGACCAACACAUCGUGAUCAAGGCCCUAAACGAAUUCGACCACAAAGCCCAGGGUGCCGGUGGUGCCCUCGACUGGCGCACCAAGCUUGCUUCCCAACGUGGUGCUGUCGUUGCCACUGAAAUGAAGAAUAACAGCUGCAAACUCGCGCGCUGGACCACUCAAGCCAUUUUGGCCCAGGCAGACCACAUGAAACUCGGUUUCGUGUCUCGUAGCAAUCCGCGCUCUGCCAGCUCGCACGUUAUUUUGGGUGUUGUUGGUUAUAAACCCCGUGAUUUCGCCACUCAGAUGAACUUGAACUUGGGUAACGGAUGGGGUAUCGUGCGCACUAUUGUCGACUUGAUCAACAGCCUGGACGACGAUGAAGAUGAGGAAAGUGAGGAGAAGCUUAAGAAAUACGUCCUCGUCAAGGACCCUAACAAACCAGUUGUUCGCUUGUACAAUGUGCCCUAUAACACAUUUGAAGAGGAAGAAGCUCUCGUUGAGGAGCCGGAGGAGAAGGUUGAAGAGGAGUAAUUCAUCAUUUGAUUUCCCUCUUGAUUUUCUUUGCCUCCUACAUAUUGAAGAUAA